UUGCUAGAUUGGAGACAGAAAAGCAAAGUUUGGAGCUUCAAAUUAAAGAACUGAAUUUAAAAAACGAGAAGCUGAAAAAUGAUAUAAAGUUCUAUCAGGGUCGGGAGCAAGAAGCUUCCACAAAAUCUGAACGCAUCGAAGCAGAGUCUAGACAAUACAUUCAAAAUUCUGUUCGUGAAACUACAAGGCUCCAAAACGAAAUUAACAAACUGACUCAAAACUUACAAGAUCUCAGAAGCAUUAGCCAAUCAAAAGAAAGUGAAUCAAAUCGGACGAUUAAUUCAUUACAAUCGGAAUUAACUAGGCUAAAUCACCAUAUCAAAAGUCUUAAUGAAGAGAUUCGGCAACAAAAUGAAAUUUCUACGUCAAGACAAACGAUUUUAUCACAAGUUCAAGAACAAUUACUUGACACUGAACAGAAGUUACAAGAGUUCAAUCAACUUUCUUCCCA